CAACAAAGGGAACCAGAGCCACGCCACAUCUCUAUCUGCUGCACAUCAACGUCAGGGGAUCGAUCAAAGCUAAAACUACGCCAGAUAGAGACACAAGAACAGAUUUCCCAUAUAUAUAUGUACACCAGAUAGAGUAGAAGACCAUACUAUUAUCGGCAGCUAGGACCAUAGUAUCACACACUCACUCACUCUCUCUUCUUCCAAUCGCCGGCCACUUGUCACUCUCCUCUGCUCACUGCUCCGAACAGAGGAGCUCCAACUCCAUCACCUCCUCUUCAGCACCAGGCGGAGGAGGCGUCGUGGUACUUGUGCGAAGCAAGCUAGCUAGCUAGGCACGAGAGAAUUCAGGCUGUGGUGAACUGAUCACUGAUCACUGAUCAGUCACCUGAUCUAGCUUGCAGCCCGCAGAAGCAAGAAGAAGUCCAGCCAGAGCGAGCCAUGGGCGGCAUUGCUGCUGGUCGAUGCCGGAUCAGUGGCCUGGCCUUGCUCGUCUGCGCCGUGCUCUUGUCGGCGACGAUGGCGAACGGCAUCAGGACUGGGGCAGUUGGUGGCACGGGUGCUCCUGGUCCGGCUGCUGCCGCGGCACAGGCUGCCACCCUAGCUGCGGCUCCUCCCAUCGCUGCCGCUGCAACGACGCCACCUUCGGAGGGAGCUGCAUUGGAGGAUCCAUACAAGAACAGCAAGAGGAAGGUGCCGAACGGGCCCGAUCCGAUUCACAAUAGGAGAGCCAGAUGGGGAGACGCACCGGCAAGGAGAGUGUAAGGCAGGACAGGAGCAAUCACGAAAACCGUCGAUCAAUGCUGAGAGGCUCAACGAGCGAGCAGAGCACACAAACAUUGAGGUGGAAUGGAAGGUUCCAUGGCUAAGAGCCAUGCAUGCAUGUGGUGGUGCUCAUGAUGGUGGAGGGCAGUUAUAUAGUUAUAAGUAUUCAUUCAUGUAUUAGUAGUAGAUACAGAGGGGUAGAGGAAGAUGCAUGGUGCACACUCCAUGGCACCGUGGUUGCUUUGGCCAAAGUGCUUUGUUCUCCUCUCUUGAUGAGGUUUUGUUCUUUUUCUUUUUCUUCUUUGGAGGAGGGGUUAAUGGUGUUAAAAGGAGCGCUCCAACUCCAAGCUGAGCCUGCUAUCACUACUCACUUCACUCACACAGAGAGUAAAGCUCAAAGA